CAAUAUCUUUCAAAGAAAAGUUAAUAGGUAAUACGUGAUAAAAUAUUGCGCUUUUGUAAAAAAAUAUAUGUAUCGUAUGCGAUAAAAGCACUUAACAGAUAAUAGCAGUUUAUAUCAUCAUAGAUAUAGUAUAUAAAUAGAACGCAUAUACAAGUACCGUAAACACUUUAAUACUAACAUAUCGCGUAUAAAGACCGUGAAUAAUUCCUGACAGUCAAAGACAGAUAAUUGUCAAAUAAUGCCGCAGUUUAUUCGUGAUAUUUAAAUUUUAAUUUGUAACUAUUUUUAUAGGUAUUGUGAUAAUAGUGCGAAAAAAGCGAAAUGAAAAUAGUUAUCGUUGGUGGUGGAGUUGUCGGAUUAACGACAGCUUUAAUUACACAAAAUGGAUCUUUUCGUAAUGCUAAUAUAACAGUUUUGGCUUCGGAUUAUGAUGAUCUUGUCAGUCAUGUGGCUGCAGGAAUUUUUAGAGUCGGUGCUUCAUUCGGUAACUCUAAUGAGAAAGUAACGAAAAAAUGGGUAAAAGAUUCUUAUGAAUUUUACGAUGACAUUCGAAAAUCCGAUUAUGCCUCUUAUGCUGGAGUAACUAAUAUUUCUGGAUAUAUAUUUGCUAAUUCAUCUCCAUAUACUGUUAAGAAUGAUUGGCUUGAAAGUGUAGUCCCGAUAUACAGAAGAGCAACAGAGGAAGAAUUUCAAUUAGUUAAUGGCAAUUGGAAAUAUGGAUCAUUUUUCUCGACUCUUCUUACACAAAGCAAUUUGUAUCUUCCAUGGAUUAAGCAAAAAUUGCUAAAAGACGGAGUUACAUUUAAGCAAAGAAAUCUUAAUUCCUUCGGGGAAUUAACUGGUGAAUUUGACAUUAUAAUAAAUUGCACCGGGCUUGGAGCACGUAAAUUAUGCAAUGACAGACAUCUCGUUUCUAUACGUGGACAAGUGCUCAAAAUAAGAGCACCAUGGAUGAAAGUUUUCUUUUAUGGUGAGCUCGACACUUAUGUCAUACCAGGUUUCAAUGGCACAGUUACUCUAGGUGGAUCAAGAAGCUUCGAUUCCGAAAAUACAAAAUUAUGUCCAUACGAAUCCGCAGCGAUUCGCGAAAGAUGCGAAACAUUAAUUCCAUCCUUGAAAGAUGCAGAACUUUUACGACAGGAAGUCGGUCUGCGGCCGCAUAGGGAAGGCGGUGUCAGAGUUGGAGAGGGAAAUAUCGUUAACAGUGAUUGUUCUAAUAAAACUAUAAUCGUACACAAUUAUGGACAUGGUGGUUACGGAGUUUGCAUGGCACCAGGAACCGCUAUAGCGACUGUCAACACAGUCGUUGAAUUUCAUAAAGCUACUUGCUCCAAAAUAUAAUUGCUAUAAUAUAUAAUUUUUCCACUUUUGUACACACGUUACAGAAAAAACAUUCCUCUCUACCUGCAAAUGGAGGAUACAUUCUUAAUGUAUUUACAUAUAAAAGUUAGAAUGGUCUAAUUUUUUUUACUGUAUUGUUCACAAAAAUGCACUUACAAUCAGAAUUUCUGAAGAUUUGUCAGAUGUAAAAUAUGUAUUUAUUCUGCCGUUCACAAAACGCAAUUAACAUCUUUUCCAAAACAGUUUAAGUCCUAACAAUUUAGCUAAAAUUAAAAGCUACAUAAUUUUAUUAAUACUCAGUGUUGUAUCAACAUAUGUUGCUUAUUGAUCAAUUAUUUCAUGAGAUGCACAUAAAAUAAGAAGUUUAAUAUUAAUUGCGUUUGUAAAUGCACUGUAAGGAGAUUCAUAAACUUAUAAAUAUCAUAUCGUAAAUUAACAUGUUCGAUUAUUUAUCGAGCGUUAAAAUGAUAUAUCGUCAAGUUAUAAUCCUAUUUUUGGAAAAGUAUUGUGGAAAAGAAAUGCAUUACAUUAAUCCACUUAAGUGCUAUUUCUUGCCGGGUUUUACGUUCUUUCUAGGUGGUGCUCCCCAUCUCAAUGCAUUAGUAUCAACUGUAAGACGCGGCCUCUUGUAUUGACUACUUUUUAUAUGUUCUUCCACUAACUUAGGUGUGACACAAAUAACGUGUUGUCCUUUCCAAUAUUUAACCAUGUUCAUACUUUGUAAGGUCGAGAUGAUAUCGGUCUGCGAGAUGCUGGUCAUUUGACUGCAAAUAGAUUCAUAUUAUUUGUAUCUUUAUAUUGUUAUUGAAAUAAUUAAUAAUAACAUAUGUUUAAUGUUUUA